AUGUUGGGUAUGACGAAUUUAUGUCGUUACUCUCAACUUGUAAGGGUUGCUCCGACCAAACUGUUAGGAUCAAAUUCGAGAUUAGUUUCAAGACAGCUUAUGACACCAAUAAGAAACAACAACCACAAACAAAAUAUAUUUAAGGGAUUUCAGAUUCAAAAUAUAUUAAAAUCAAAUCCGAUUAUCCUAAGAUUCUGUUCAUCAUCACAACCAAAGAGGUCUAAGCUCGUUGGUUAUUGGUUAUUAGGAUGCAGUGGGAUGGUGUUCACAGCGGUUGUUUUAGGCGGAGUAACUCGACUCACAGAGUCUGGUCUGUCUAUGGUCACAUGGAAAUUGUUAGGAGAAAAGUUACCGAGGACUGACGAAGAAUGGGAGACAGAGUUCAAGAAGUAUCAGCAGUACCCGGAGUAUAUAUAUAAGAAUAAUUCACUGACACUGUCCGAGUUCAAAUGGAUUUGGUAUAUGGAGUAUGCUCAUAGGACGUGGGGUCGUCUUAUAGGAGCUUCAGUGUUCAUUCCGGCCGCUGUGUUCUGGGCUAAGGGCUGGUUCGACAAGGCUAUGAAGAUAAGGGUGUCCGCAUACUGUGCUUUAGUUGCUGCACAGGGUCUAAUGGGUUGGUACAUGGUGAAAUCAGGUCUUGAAGACAGGUUUCAAGGACCUUCAGACGUUCCUCGCGUAUCCCAAUACCGGCUGGCCGCUCAUCUCAGUCUAGCGUUCAUUCUGUACUCGGGGCUACUGGCCGGAGCCCUACGGGUGCUUCGCCCCUUCCCCAAGGGAGCCCUCGUGAGGAUCAAGGAGUUGGGAGCAGUCACUGGACUCGCGCAUGCCGUUAAAGCCAUGGCUUUCUUCACAGCUGUUUCAGGAGCAUUCGUAGCCGGUCUCGACGCAGGUUUAGUCUACAAUUCGUUCCCCAAAAUGGGUGACAACUGGAUUCCAGACGACAUCUUGUCCUUCGCUCCAACCGUGAGAAACUUCACAGAAAAUCCAACGACCGUGCAGUUCGACCACCGAGUACUUGGAACCAGUACAUUAAUAGCUGCAACCACAUUGUGGUUGUUGGCGAGAGGCAGGCCGCUGUCACCAGUCGCGAGGAAAGUCGUGAAUGGUGUUGGAGCUAUGGCAUGGCUACAGGUAUGUCUGGGCAUCAUGACAUUAGUUCACUACGUGCCCACACCGCUGGGCGCGUCUCACCAGGCCGGCUCACUAGUGCUACUAUCACUGGCUAUAUGGCUCACUCACGAGAUAAAACUACUCAAAUAUAUACCAAAGUAA